AUGUAUCGACGGUCUUUUCUGGCUCUAUGCGCUGGGUUUUUGAGUCUCAGUGUUGACGCGGCUCCGUCGGCCCGUGGCCGUGACUUGCUUACACUGGUGAGACCCUCCGAGGACUGCGAACCUGGCCCACUCUCCAGCGAUACGUGGGUGAAGGAGGAUGUAGACAGCUUCCUGGACGACGCCUCGAAAUAUUACACGGCAUAUCCCACCAAUAAUAUCCAAGCUUUGGGAGCUUACUUGGGGGCUCCCAACUUUUUCUGCGGAGUCAACUUGUGGUGCAGUGCCGGCCAACCAUGUUCGCCGGUUACUAUGCCCGGCUGGUAUGCCUUGAUGGGCAUCCAAGGCUGGAACAACUACGUCAAUAAUCUCAACCUCGCCGUACAAUAUUCUGCAACAAUCCUGAGCCUGAAGCUCGCAAAGGUGGUCAACGACCUUUGGCCUGCAAAGAAGGACAAUGUCACCCCCAUAAAGCAGCUCAUUGCAUGGGUAAAUGGUAUCCUCAACGCCUUCCCGACCACAGCAGUACUCGGCGCCACAGCGGGCAGCGUCGCCAGCACCAUUCAAGGCGGCAACAUCAUUGCGGGCGGCAUGAUGCUGGCGCCCAGCGCGGGCGGCCAGUUCCUGCGAUGGAGCGACUUAUCCAGCCAGAUGGGCAGCAAGGUCGACGAGUACAAGCAAGCGAUUGGCACGUAUGCGAAAAAUGUCAUUGAUGCCCCCAUCGCCGACCCGACCUGGGGCAUCAACAAGGUCCUGCGCGGCGGCGCCUUUCUCACCCGCCAGACGAACCUGACCCAAGACGACGUCGACACGUGGAUGUACAAGACUGUCAGCGUCAACGCCAUGGCGCUUCUCAUGCAGGCGCAGAACGUGUACGUCAUCCGCACCUUUAACAAGACAGCGUGCGAUGCCUCCUCGCCCGCGAUCCUGUGCAGGCAGGAGUCGAAUCGCCAGUGGACCGAGUGGCGGUUCCAGAGGCGCGAUAGCGAUGACGACGUGCCGGAGCACCGGCUGGCGGAGAAGCUCGUCCAGACGUACGGUCUGACCAAGGAGGAGAUCUUGAAGGGCCCCGCAGACUGCUUUGACAAGCACGAGUAUGAGCAGCUGACGAAUCCGUGGGAGACUGUAUCGGAGAAGGGCGUCAGCCUGGACCCGGUGCAAUUGUGCAAUUUCAACGUCAAUGUCUGCAACUUUGACGCGGCGGAAGGGAACGAGUUUGGCCCGACUGAUGUCUAUGAGCCUUAUGAAACGGAUUGGAUGUGUGGGCUGCAAGGAAUCACCUGGACCUGA